UCUAACCGUCUCGCAUCCACUCGAGCCUCUUCUUCUUCUAUUCCUCUGCUCUUGGAGUCCUCUGCGAUGGCGGGAGGCGCGAUAGUCCAAUCUGGCAGCGGCAAGGAGUACCCGGGCAACCUUACUUUUUUCGUCUUCUUCACUUGUGUCGUCGCCGCCACCGGCGGUCUCAUCUUCGGCUACGACAUCGGCAUCUCCGGUGGAGUGACUACGAUGGACUCGUUCCUGGAGGAGUUCUUCCCCGACGUCUACCGGAACAAGAAACGGGACACCAGCAACAACAAAUACUGCACGUUCGACAGCCAGCUGCUGACGACCUUCACGUCGUCGCUGUACCUGGCGGCGCUCAUCGCCUCCUUCUUCGCUUCGACGGUGACGAGGGCGUUCGGUCGCAGGUGGUCUAUGCUCGGCGGAGGGAUCACGUUCCUCGUCGGCGCCGCGAUCAAUGGAGCCGCCCAGAAUGUGCUCAUGCUCAUCGUCGGACGCAUCCUCCUCGGAAUCGGCGUCGGCUUUGCCAAUCAGUCUGUCCCACUUUAUCUCUCGGAAAUGGCUCCGGCGCGCCUCCGUGGCAUGCUCAAUAUCGGAUUCCAGCUGAUGAUCACGACCGGAAUCCUCUGCGCCGACCUCAUCAACUACGGCACCGCCAAGAUCAAGGGCGGCUGGGGGUGGCGCGUCGGCCUCGCACUCGCCGCCGUCCCCGCAGCCAUCGUCACCGUCGGCGCGCUCUUCUUGCCCGACACGCCCAACUCCCUCAUCGAGCGCGGCCACUCCGAGCACGCCAAGCGGAUGCUCCGGCGCAUUCGCGGCACCGACGACAUCCUCGACGAGUACGACGACCUCGUCGCGGCCAGCGAGGAGUCGAAGCUGGUGAAGCACCCGUGGGCUAACAUCACCCAGAGAAAGUACCGCCCGCAGCUCACCAUGGCCAUCCUCAUCCCCUUCUUCCAGCAGCUGACCGGCAUCAAUGUGAUAAUGUUCUACGCCCCUGAGCUCUUCAAGGCAAUGGAUUUCGGGGACGACGCUUCUCUCAUGUCGGCCGUCAUCACGGGAGCCGUAAACAUGGUCGCCACCUUCGUAUCCAUUUUCACGGUCGACAAGCUCGGCCGAAGGAAGCUUUUCUUGGAGGGCGGGCUUCAAAUGCUCACAAGUCAGUUUGUGAUCGGAACUUUAAUGGCAAUCACACUGGGAACCAGUGGAGAGGCGCACUUUCCGAAGACCUACGCCGGCUUUCUGGUCCUGUUUGUUUGUAUCUACGUGAUGGGGUUUGCUUGGUCUUGGGGUCCCCUUGGAUGGCUGGUUCCUAGCGAGAUAUUUCCUCUUGAGAUCAGGUCGGCGGGGCAGAGCAUCAACGUUUCCGUCAACAUGCUCUUCACCUUUGUCAUUGCUCAAGCCUUCCUCGCCAUGCUCUGCCGCUUCAAGUUCGGUAUCUUCUACUUCUUCUGCGGGUGGGUGGUCAUCAUGACCGUCUUCAUCGCCCUCUUCCUCCCGGAGACCAAAAACGUGCCGAUUGAAGAGAUGGUACUUGUCUGGAAAGGCCACUGGUUUUGGAGCAGAUUCAUUUCAGAUGAUGACAUUCACGUAGGCACUACUAAUGUCGAGAUGGGUAAACCCAAUUCCGAAUUUUAGCUUAUAAGUGGUCGGCUAAGAGUACGUACUAGCUAGCUAAUUCUAUAUAUCAUUAUAAUUAUCGCUAUAUAUGGUAAAAGGGCUGUAAAUCUUUGGUGGUUGUAUAUGUCCUGAUCAUCCAAAAAUAUAUAUAUAUAUAUAUAUAUGCUCAUGUUUCAUUCGAUACUAGCUAUAAAUGGUGACUAAGAUUGAGUUGGUGCUAAAAAAUGGGAGAAUUGCGCCUAAUAAAAGUGAAGAUUUGUUGAU